AUGGCCGGCGGGGGCUGCCCGGGCCGCCUGGCGCCGGUGCUGCUGCUCGCCCUGCUCUGGCCGGGCCGCGCCGAGGCGGAGAGCUGUGUGUGCAAAGGUAAAAGCCCCUGCUUCUGUGACAGCACCAAAGGUAGCAAGGGUGAAAAAGGCUUUCCUGGUGUUCCAGGUCCACCUGGUCAAAGAGGCUUUCCUGGUCCAGAAGGGCCUCCAGGGCCACAGGGGCCAAAGGGUUCCCCAGGGCUUACAGGCUUAGUUGGACCCAAAGGUAUACGAGGACUCCCAGGAAUACCCGGAUUUUCAGGUCCUCCAGGCCUUCCAGGUGAACCGGGGUCUGUUGGGCCCCCCGGGCGCCCGGGGGUUCCAGGAUGCAACGGCACCAAGGGUGACCAAGGAUUUCCAGGUCUGCCAGGUAGAAGAGGUGCUCCAGGUGUUCCAGGUGUGGAUGGCAUCAAAGGAGAGAAGGGGUCCCCUGCAGAUGGAUAUAGCCAAGAGUAUGGUGCAAAAGGUGAUCCUGGACUGCCAGGAAUGCCUGGACUUCAGGGUGCCCAGGGGGCUCAAGGAUAUCCUGGGGAACUUGGGCCACAGGGCCCUCCAGGACCUUCAGGCAUGCCAGGGAAAGCAGGACCUCCUGGACCUAAGGGUCUUAUGGGACUGAAAGUAAUAGGAAGCAAAGGAAGAAAGGGUGACACUGGAUUAACCGGCCCCCCUGGACCACCAGGAACUGUCAUUGUGACACUGACUGGACCAGACAACAUGACGGACUUGAAAGGAGAGAAAGGAGAAAAAGGAUCGAGAGGACUUCCAGGGCCAAUGGGGUUUGCAGGGCCAGUUGGUGAUUCUCAGAGUGAAAAGGGUGACCGAGGAGAGCCUGGAGCAGAGGGUAAACCUGGAAAAGAAGGUGCCCCAGGUCCACCUGGCUUACCGGGACAAAAGGGUGAGCAGGGCAGACCAGGACUGGCUGGAAGGCAAGGAGCUAAGGGGAUGAAAGGAAACCCUGGCCCACCUGGAGCUUGUGGUCGAACCGAGUAUUAUGAUUAUGUGGUUGGUGAAAAAGGAGAUGAAGGACCACCAGGACCUCCUGGACCAAAAGGCCAACGUGGCAUUCCUGGGCCACAGGGUCCUCCUGGAGCUGCUGGUAGACCAGGCGUGUCAAGACCCGGUCUGAGAGGCCCACCAGGAUUUCCUGGGCCAAAAGGAACAAAAGGAGAGAAAGGACAAAGUGGCUUGUGUAUUGUGGGCCCUCCAGGACCAGCUGGUGUUACGGGCAGACCUGGUUCUGUUGGAUUGCCAGGUCCUCCAGGAGAACCAGGUAGAGUAACUUUCAGAGCAGGCCUGCCGGGAUUUCCUGGAGAACCAGGAUGUGUAGGACCCCCAGGACCUCCAGGAGAUACUGGCAUGAAAGGUGAUGAUGCUGGUGUGUGUGUUGAUUGCAGCUACAUUCCAGGAAUACCUGGUCUUCCUGGUUCUCCUGGGCCACGUGGUCAGGAUGGCACGCCUGGUAGAGAAGGAAUAACAGGUCCAAAAGGUUCUCCAGGUUCUCCAGGAGCACCAGGGUUCCCAGGGGCUCAAGGACCUCCAGGCCUUAGAGGAGAUCAAGGCCAGAAAGGAUCCAAAGGUGAGCCAGGAUAUGUCUAUCCAGAAGGGCCCAAAGGUGAGCGAGGAGAUCCAGGAGCCAGGGGAGACAAAGGAAGAAGAGGUGCAAGUGGAUUCCUGGGAAGACCUGGCUCCAAAGGAUCCAAGGGCUCUAAAGGUGAAGAGGGAUUGGCUGGUUCCAAAGGAGACAGAGGACUACCUGGAUUGCCUGGCAGAUUUGGUCUUCCUGGAGAAAUGGGGCUUCCUGGACUGCCAGGAUAUGGACCACCAGGAAUAAGAGGUUUUAAAGGCUCUAAAGGAAUACCAGGCCCACCUGGAUUGCCUGGAGAAGCUGGUCUGAAAGGAGAGACCAGUAGGGCAACUCCACUACCUGCACUGCCAGGACCUCAAGGACCAGAUGGUUUACCUGGACCCCCAGGAGUGCCUGGUAGGGUUGGAGCAAGAGGUCAGCCAGGUGAUUCAGGACAUUCAGGGCCAACAGGUGACACAGGCUAUCCAGGGCUUGGGUUUCCUGGAAACCCAGGUCCAAAAGGAGAGAAAGGACUUGCAGGAGGCAGAGGGGAACCGGGUUGUGAAGGGAAGACUGGAGAUCCAGGCCGAGCUGGGAACCUGGGACAGCCAGGAGAAAAGGGUGACCCAGGCGUGGUUAUUCCCGGAGAGCCAGGCAGACUGGGCUCACCAGGAGGUCAUGGCAUUCCUGGCUCAAAAGGGGAAGGUGGACUUCCAGGACUUCCAGGUUCCCCAGGGCAUCCUGGACGUGGUGGUGCCGAUGGCCUAAGAGGAGAUCGUGGCUCCCCUGGAGUUCCUGGAGAUCCGGGUUUUCCAGGGAAACCUGCGGAAUGUCUUCUUGGCCUGCCAGGUUUGCCAGGUGGCCAGGGAGCUACGGGCCCACCAGGAGCAAGAGGCUCCCAAGGUUCAAAAGGAAGACAAGGACCUCCUGGCUUGAGCAUCCCAGGAAUCCAUGGGAAGCCUGGGGAACCUGGACUGACAGGUCUUCAGGGAAAUGCAGGAUUACCUGGUCCCAGGGGACAGCCUGGAAGGCCAGGAAUUUCUGGGGUGCCAGGCUCAAGGGGAGAGCCAGGUAUAAUGGGCCUGUUGGGAAUUCCUGGACCCCCUGGUGUGAUGGGAAGAUCAGGCAACCCGGGCAUCAGAGGCUCUCCUGGCUUCCCAGGAAUAAAGGGAAGAAAAGGAUUUCUUGGAGAAAAAGGUGAACCAGGUGAUAAAGGUUUCCCUGGGCCAUCUGAGACCUUGGUUGGUAUCGGGGAGAAAGGAGAACGAGGCUUAAAAGGAGUUCCAGGAAGAACGGGUCUAAGGGGAGAAAAAGGAGAUGUGGGUGUGCCAGGUCCCCCAGGUCUUGAUGGGUCUGAAGGAAUACCUGGUCUGCCAGGUGUCAAAGGAUUUAUGGGUCUUCCAGGGAUUCCUGGUGAACAUGGAUCUCCAGGUGCACCAGGAGAAAAAGGGGACAUGGGAAUUCCAGGUCCAAAAGGGCAGAAAGGAUCUCCAGGCUUUCCAGGACCAUCAGGUGACCCUGGGCUGCCAGGCUACGGUGGCUUUCCAGGUGACAAAGGAGAUCCUGGGUACCCAUCUGUUGGGCCUCCAGGAGAAGGUGGUCCGAAGGGAGAUCCAGGCCCUCCAGGAUUUCUUGGCAGCAAAGGAGAGAAAGGAUCCCAGGGUCCUCCUGGACGUACAGGAGUCCCAGGACCACGCGGGAUCAGAGGGGACACUGGAGGUGCAGGAAUCCCAGGGAAUUUUGGACCCCCUGGAGAUGCUGGUGUGAAAGGACAGCAGGGCCACCCAGGACAGCAGGGCGUUCCAGGCCCUCCUGGUGCUGUUGGAGUCCCUGGAAAAAACGGGCUUGUUGGUGAAAGAGGUGCUCAAGGUCAGGAUGGUAUGCCUGGUCCCCCAGGAGCAAAGGGAGAACCAGGAGCACCUGGGAGAGGCAUCCCCGGCCUUCGAGGUAUUCCUGGUCGUAGAGGAAUCAAGGGGGACAUGGGACUGCCUGGUUUCCCUGGGCCUCCAGGUGGGAAAGGCCACCCAGGUGAUCAAGGACCCCUUGGACCUCCUGGCUUAGUGGGGUUACCUGGAUUUCAAGGCCCAACAGGAAUGGCAAUCACCGGCCAAAAAGGGGAGAGAGGAAUUGCUGGUACACAUGGAAGACCAGGUGCUCCUGGUUUUCCAGGGCUUCCUGGUCUUCCCACUCCCAGCCUGAAAGGAAGCAAAGGUGUCAGAGGAGCGGAUGGAAUACCAGGGCCAACGGGCCCAGCUGGUGACAUCGGCCCUCCUGGUCCAAAAGGAAUAGAAGGUCGAUCAGGCUAUCCUGGUGCCAUAGGGAACCCUGGAUUUCUUGGAUUCCCAGGUGUAAAAGGAGAAAAGGGGAACCAAGGACCCCCUGGACCACAAGGUGCAGAAGGGCCCAGGGGACCAAAGGGCCAGCCUGGCCUUCCUGGAGUCACUGGGAGAGUAUUCUCCAUCCCAGGAAGCAAGGGUCCUCCUGGACUGCCAGGAAUGCCAGGAGCACCAGGUGAUCAAGGAAUUCAAGGGAUUCCUGGGCUCCCAGGACCCAAAGGAGUAAAAGGUCUGCCAGGAAGUUUUGGUCAUCCAGGUCACCCAGGACUGCCUGGUCCAAAAGGAGACAGAGGAUUUCCAGGAGAAAGAGGACAACCUGGACUGAUUGGCUUUCCAGGUCUGCAGGGGUUACCUGGAUCCCCAGGUACUGCCACUGCUGGUCCAACAAGAAGAGGUUUUAUCUUCACCCGGCACAGUCAGUCAACCAAGAUUCCUUCGUGCCCACGUGGGACAUCCCAGAUCUACGUUGGCUAUUCCCUCCUUUUUGUCCAAGGAAAUGAACGAGCACAUGGACAAGAUCUUGGAACAGCUGGCAGCUGCCUGCAGAGAUUCACCACCAUGCCAUUCCUGUUCUGCAGCCCCAACGACGUUUGUAGCUUUGCCUCUCGCAAUGACUACUCCUACUGGCUGUCCACUGCGGUGGUGAUGCCCCCAGACAUGGCUCCUAUUUCUGGCAGGGCACUGGAGCCCCAGAUAAGCAGGUGUGUUGUGUGUGAAGGAGCUGCGAUGGUAAUAGCAGUUCACAGCCAAACAACUGCAGUUCCUGCAUGUCCAGAAGGCUGGAUAUCUCUCUGGAAGGGUUUUUCUUUUGUUAUGUACACAAGUGCCGGCUCAGAAGCUUCUGGCCAAGCACUGGCAUCUCCUGGAUCCUGUCUGGAGGAAUUCCGAGCCGUCCCAUUCAUUGAGUGUCACGGCAGGGGAACGUGCAACUACUACACAAAUUCCUACAGCUUCUGGUUGGCAACGUUAAAUCCCAGGAGAAUGUUCAGGAGACCUGUGCCACAGACUUUGAAAGCAGGAGAACUAGAAAAUAUCAUCAGUCGUUGCCAGGUCUGCAUGAAGAGACCAAUCUAAACUCUUGAUAGAACAUGAAACUCUGCUUUUAUUACAAAAAAUUGCCUAACUCUGAAGAGCUAUAAUUUAUUAAAGUCCAGCUGCGUCUGGAGAGAAAAUUCUAAAUUGCCAGUGCAGCACUGUGGUGAGGCAGGGCAACAGUUGGACUUUCGGCAAAUGACAAAGCACUUUGUUGGAGGAAGCCUGUCCAGGCAAUCUGCAGGGGCUUCUGCUGAACGAUGGCAUUUCUGAGCUGCAACUCCAGGAUGAAACCACGGCACCACCGGAUCUUUAAUGAAAGAUGUUCAUGCUGCCUUUGUGUCAUGUGCUUUUCAAACAGCAAGACAAGCUAAAGCUCCUGUAUCAGCUUGCAUAUGUUCAGUGUUCCAAGUGGGUAUUUAAACGAGAUGACAAUCUGGCACUUGUGAGCGAUGGGGUUCGAUAGGAAAUAUUUUCAGUGCACUUUUAACCAGAUAAUGAUUCCUUGAGAGUUGUUUUGGUUUGGUUUUCUUGUCUAAUAAACAAGUAUCUCCCCACUUUCCCUCCCCCUUCCUGUGGCUGGCAGAGAGGAAUGCAGUCUUUGUUGUG